UUCUGUAUUCAAAAGAUCAACACGAGCUGUUCUGAGUCAGGAUGUAAGGUCUUGAGCGUCACAGGAAGCUGCAGCAGGGUGACAUACAUAAAGACCAUGCAGGAUGUCUCGUCUCUUCAGUCAGCCACCACUAUAAACAGCUGUAAACACAUAUUACAGGCAUCCGUAUGUAUGUGUGUGUGUGUGCUGAAGGCACACAAGCCUUUUUUUUUUCAUCAAAAAGAUUUGUAAUUUACCAGUUGAUCUGAGAAAGAUCUGGCUUACUACUUGUGUGGAAUAUCAUUUCUGGACAAACAAUACAGAAAUUGAAGGAGAAAGAAACCAAAGAACAUGGGGACCUGCCCCAUCCGAUGUCAAUCCAACCUGACAGUCCUAGAAAAUCCACCUGAACCUGUAUCACCACCCCUCCAGGAGAGCAUUAUUGUAUCCCUCUGUAACUACCCAUCUUUUGAGGGUAUGACCAUGUGCAUCGGGGAACGACUCACCAUCAUAUCAGACGACGGUGAUUAUAUGAUGGUGAGAUCCACAACCACAGGCCGUGAGAGCUACGUUCCCACCAACUACAUCGCCAAGGUGACACACAGGUGGCUGUUCACAGGCAUCAGCAGGUACAAAGCAGUGGAGCUGCUCAUGGAGCCUAAUAACCAGAGCGGAGCCUUCUUGAUUCGAGAGUCAGAGACAAACAACGAUUGUUACUCGCUGUCUGUCCUGAAGAGGGCCAACGCUUCAUACUUGGACUGUGUAAAGCACUACCGAAUCCCUCACCUUGAAAAUGGCUGGGUCUACAUAUCUCCAGGAAUCCCCUUCCCCUCCCUGCAUCACCUGGUGGAACACUAUUCAGAGUCUGCAGAUGGACUGUGUGGUCGGCUGACAGAGCCUUGCUUCAUCCAGGGUUUAGACAACGCUAGGGAGGCCAGGCCUUUACCCACAACUGUCAGAAGGCCUACCAUCAACUGGAAGGACAUUAGCAGGUCAGUGCUUUUCAAGAGGCAGAGAACAGAGUCAGAUAACUCUCUAGUGAGCGAAGGCCUGAGGGAGGCCAUCACCUCCUACCUCCAAAUGACAGAGGGCAACGAUCACAGCUGGGACACUUGAGGAGAUGGAUCAGUCUGACAAAAAGAAGUCAGACAGAUAGAGGGAAGUCAGACGCUGUCCUGUCCCAUCUCUAGUUUGGGCAAGCCAUUGGAUGAGGUCAUCUGCGUGCCCAAAUGUAGUCUUUGCUGACCGCCCUGGAGUUGAGGAAGGGCUAAGACACUACAAUGUAUGUUGUAACAUACUGUAUGUCAGCAACAAGAAUGUUUUUUUGUGUGUUUAAAGAGGCACACAGUGGAGAUGUGAGCUGAAAAUUGAAAGUCCGUGAGACAUUUGUUCUCAAAUGGUUUCAAAAGUUGAAUGUUUCUCUUAAUUUAAUAUGUGCUGUUGAAUGCAAUAUGUAACAUGCAAAUUCUACUGGAAUAUGAUUGUUGUUAUAUGGUUAUGAUAUUGGAAUCCAAUAAAAUAUGUUAGCUAUGUGAUAAAUGAGCAACACAAAAA